AGUGCAUUUGGCAAUGGGAUCCCACUCUGGGCUCGGCAUUACAGCCCUGCUUUCAGAGCGGGCUUUUCCUUCUUCCCAAGCUCUACAAAAUGGGCCUCAGCUCUUCCAAGACGCACCCCAGGGUGACCCAAGUGGCACCGAUGCGCAGCAAUGAGGAGGUGAUGGGGGAGCCCAGCCUGCACCCAACAGCCACAACGGAGCAUGGACAUCCCAUAACCCACGGGCAGCUCCCACCCCUCCGCCAGACCGGGUAUGGGAGACCCUCCACAGGGCCCCUUGACUUCAACACUGUGCCGGAGAAUGGAGCCAGCAGCAUCAUCAAGCUGCACCCACCUCGGCGACCACAGAGGCUCGAACCUGCCGGCACUCCAAGGGGGGUCACUACUGUAAAGCCCUGGAGCUACCAAGGGAUGGAUGGAGCCCCAAAAGCCAAGACACUGGACAAGAGGGGGCAGAGCCUGAGAGCCCCCCCUGGCAGGCGGCAGCACUUGCACAAGAUGCAGAUGCUGGACUUGAUGCGCCAGCGCCGAGAGGCGGAGCUGAAGCGGGAUCUCCACAGGGAGGCAAAAAUCAAUAAGCACACAAUGGAGGAGCUGGGCUCAGAGAUGGUCCUCGACACUCUUCAGAGAGGCAACAGUGGCAGAAGCCAAGACCUCAUCCCUGCUGAGCACAAUCAGCAUUUUAAUGGACACCCUGGAAACAGAGGGGAUGGAGGAUUUGCAGGGCAGCACACCAGGAGCAGCAACAGCAAAGUUGGGCUGUGGUUCUGCAAGGAGCCACGCAGCAGGGACCUGUUUUGGGACACUUCCAGCACUGAUUCUGAGGACUGGGAGAGGGAAGAGAAGCAGCUUUACCGCAGACCUCCACUGGUGAGAACCAGGACAGAGAGAGUUUCACUCUUUGAUAACUUCUUUGAUAAAGAGUUUUAGCAGCAUGGCUUGGGAUGCAAUGAAGGAACAAACUGCAAUCUGGAUAGCCCCAUGGCAAAGACAUGAUGUUUGUGAUGGGCAGCAUUUCUGAAUGCAGAGACCAGCAUAGAGGAGCACCAGAAAUCAGGUGGUUGAUGUGUGGCCAGAAAUGACAAGGGUAUGGGACAGAAUAUCUGUCCCAGGUGGAGAAACAUAUGGCUUUUCUUCAGUACACACCUCCAGCUCUAUGUGUGAUCUACUGUAAAACAUUCACGCUCUGCUCAGUUGGCAGUGAGGGGAGGUGGGUCUGCUCUUCAUGCCAUCACCCUCAAGGCCACUCAUUUCCCUCUGCUAGAAACCUUAUGCCCUGCUGAUGAGUCUGGGGUAUGUGUUUAAAAAGCACCCCAGGCGCUUUUCUUGUUAACAUGGUCAUCAUGUGUGAGCUGGAAGGAUCCUGAGAGCUCUGAAUUCAGCUCUGAGGGUAGGCCGGAAAGGUCAACCAUUUAAUGGGCUGGAACAAUUAAUCUGGCACUUUUCUAUACACCUGUCCUCUUAAUGAUUCGACGCAUCUCCCUUCUGUGUUCCCAUCUGUCAAGAAUUAUGCUGUAAUUGGUGGAAAUGCAAUUUCUCUCAGAUAAAGCUGAUUUGUUUCCUGAUAAUGGCAUUGCCAGCACUUGGGAAGAGCUCUGCCCUCGGAGAGGGUGUGCAGAGCAGUUCAUCCAUAGCACAGACUGUGUGGAGACUCCAAGCAUUAAUAUAUCAACUCACAGUGUGCAAAACUUGCUCUUCUAGAGGCAAUAAAGGAAGGAAACCCUCUUUCUGCUUCUCAUGCUCAAAA